AUGUGGAUCACUCUGCAUGUAUGUCUAUAUCUGACCUUUAACUGUAUCUCUGUAUCUUCAAUGAGUAGCUCAGGCUUCUGUCAGCUUCAGGGUCACUUCAAGUUAAACGGGAUGUACCAGGAUGGAGAUCUUAUUAUUGGAGGCCUGUUUGCAUUUCAUCUCAUCACAGUGUUCCCAGAACUGAGCUUCAGACAAGAACCGGAACAACCGUAUUGCCAGCGAUUCUAUAUGGCAAGCUUCCAGCAGGCACAAGCUAUGGUUUUUGCCAUAAAUGAGAUCAAUAAGAAGUCUAGACUGUUGCCUAAUAUCACUCUUGGUUAUCAUCUGUAUGACAACUGUGUGAAGCUGGGAGUUGCGUUCCGGGCUGCAACAGCUUUGAUCAGUGGGACAGAAGAGUCUCUCUCCGAUUUCAAAUGUACUGGACCACCACCAGUCAUUGGAAUUGUUGGAGAUCCAGGAUCCACUCACUGUAUCGCAAUCUCCAGUGUGCUGGGGCUGUUUCGAAUACCUAUGGUUAGCUAUUAUGCCACCUGCUCCUGUCUAAGUGACAGGAAGAAGUACCCGUCAUUUUUCAGAACAAUCCCCAGCGAUGCCUUCCAGGUGAGGGCUAUGAUGCAGAUCUUGAGACAUUUUGGAUGGACAUGGGUGGGUGUCAUAUAUAGUGAUGAUGAUUAUGGCAUCUACGCCGCUCAGUCCUUUCAUCAAGAGGUGCAGUUGUUUGGAGGUUGCGUUGCUUUUUCAGAAAUCCUGCCUCUUGAUAACAACCGCAGAGAUAUUCAGCGCAUAGUACAAGUGAUUCAGACCUCCAAAGCUAAAGUGGUUGUGGUUAUCUCCACUGAAGCUUAUUUGUUGGCUUUGAUGGAUGAGAUAAAAAUAAAGAAUGUGACAGGCAGGCAGUGGAUUGCAAGUGAAGCUUGGGCCACCUCUCCUGUGUUUCACACUCCACGUCUUCUGCCCUUCCUGGGGGGCACACUGGGCAUCGCCAUCCGCCGUGGAGAGAUCCAGGGACUUUGGGACUUUUUGCUACGCUUGCGUCCUGACAAAAAUCCAAGAAAUAAUAUUGUUACAGUCUUCUGGGAGAAUAUGUUUGGGUGCAGAUUUGACACAACAGACAGUGAGAAAGAAAAAGCAUGUACAGGUCAAGAGGAUCUGAGCAGUACAAACACAACAUACACUGAUGUAUCAGAGCUGAGGGCUUCAUAUAAUGUGUAUAAGGCAGUUUAUGCUCUGGCACAUGCACUUCAUGACCUGAUGCAGUGUGAGGAGGGGAGAGGACCAUUCAGUGAGAAUACAUGUGCUGACAUAACCAACCUGCAGCCCUGGCAGCUGGUCCAUUAUCUACAGAAAGUGAACUUCGCCACAAGUUUUGGGGAUCAUGUGUCAUUUGAUAAGAAUGGAGAUGCUCUGGCCAUCUAUGAUGUGAUGAACUGGCAGCCGAGCUCUGAUGGGUCCAUCAUUGUCCGAACAGUCGGUGUGGUGGAUGAAGGGGCGGCAACAGGGAAAGUGCUCACACUGAAUGAAGAAGCAUUAUACUGGAACUUUGACACUAGAAAACCUCCGCGGUCUGUGUGUAGUGAGAGCUGCCCUCCAGGCACCAGACGAGCCAGGAGGAAGGGCCUUCCUGUCUGCUGCUUUGACUGCCUGCCAUGUGCAGAUGGAGAGAUUUCUAACACAACAGAUUCGACUGAGUGCAUGGUGUGUCCAGAUGAGUUCUGGUCCAAUCCAGAAAAGGUUCUCUGUGUCCCAAAGGAAGUGGAGUAUCUGUCCUAUGAGGAACCUCUGGGCAUCUCUCUGACCACUGCUUCCCUUAUAGGCACCAGUUUCUGUGCUUUUGUAAUUGUCAUCUUCACUCAUCACAGAAACACACCUAUAGUGCGCGCCAAUAAUUCAGAGCUCAGCUUCCUGCUGCUGCUGUCACUCAAACUGUGUUUUCUGUGUGUGCUGCUGUUUAUUGGUCGUCCACAGUUGUGGACGUGUCAGUUGAGACAUGAUGUGUUUGGCAUUAGUUUUGUUCUGUGCGUCUCCAGCAUUCUGGUCAAGACUAUGGUGGUAAUAGCCGUGUUCAAGUCAUCUCGGCCAGAAGGUAAAAGUGCAAUGAAAUGGUUUGGAGCAGCUCAACAAAGAGGCACAGUCUUGGUACUAACUGCUGUCCAGGUGGUGAUUUGUGCAGUCUGGCUAUCAACAGCAUCUCCAAAACCCCAUAGAAACAGCCAGUAUACACGCUCAAAAAUAGUGUAUGAAUGUACUAUAGGCUCAGUAGCAGGUUUUUCCAUGUUACUUGGCUAUAUUGGCCUUUUGGCGGCUGUAAGCUUCAUGUUAGCUUUCCUGGCAAGAAAACUUCCAGAUAAUUUUAAUGAAGCAAAGUUCAUAACAUUUAGCAUGUUGAUCUUCUGUGCUGUGUGGAUCACAUUUGUUCCAGCAUAUGUCAGCUCACCGGGGAAAUAUGCAGUGGCUGUGGAGAUUUUUGCCAUUUUGGCUUCUAGUUUUGGACUGCUGGUGGCUAUAUUUGCUCCAAAGUGCUUCAUCAUUAUUUUGCAUCCAGAAAGAAACACUAAAAAAGCCCUAAUGGGAAGAUCAUCCUAAAAGGUGUUAAUAAUCCUGACUUAAAAUUCAGUGAAAUUCCAUUCAGCUUUCCUCGUUGCAGGUUGCAUUGUAAUGAUGAGGUAAUUAAUGACAAUAUUAGUCAGACUAAUAUGACUUACUAACCAGUCAUGACUAGCUAGCAUGAAAGCAGAGAAGUCAGAAGUUAGAAGUCACUAGGCUGCAAUAAAGGAAUUAAAUGAAAAAAGUUAAAAGUCUACAGACCACAAAGAUUUCUCCCAGUUUCAGUCCAGGCUUUUAAUAAAACAUGAAAUAUCACCUUACUUCUAAAGACCCAUGAGGCCUACACAUAUAUGUAUAUGUGUGCUUAAUAUACAAAUAUAUAUAUUUAUUAAUUUACACAUGCUAUUGUUUUCUUUCUUUAUACACUGUAAUU